CUCAUACUGAAAGCUGAAUACACCCGCGCUAUAACAUAGUACGACUGCUGGUUCCAAGAUUAAGGUAGACCGAAUAAGCAACAUAGCCUGCACAUCUUUUCCUGCAAAAAAGCUCCCAGUGAAGGAGCUGGAUCCGUUUUGUGACUAUAUUAGAUUGAAUAGAUGGGAAGUUUGGAUGAAGCGGGGAUAUUCAGGGGCAUUUUAAGGCGCAUUUCCACCGGAGGGAGCGGGUCGGUUCGGCGCAGCUCAGUUACGGCUUGCGUUUCCACCUGUCCAAUGACAAAGAUCAACAAUGUUGGACGUUCAAGAACGACGUCCUACAUUGUUCAUAUAAACGAAGCUUUCGCUGUUGUCCAGAAAUACCUUGCGGAUAAUGUGUUUGUUUGUUAUUAUCACCCUGUCGCACAGAAGUGCGAUUCUGUCGAAGAUUCUGUUGAACUUGCCGGCACCCUAUUAGGCGUCUCAGUACCCCAACGGAGGAGUACUGCGAGAUGAGUACGGCUCGAUACGGCUCAGUCCUGAUCACGCCCAAUAUUGGCGGUGGAAAUGCGACCCGUGCCGCACCUUUGCAGACCGAACCGAUCCGCACCCUCCGGUGGAAAUGCGCAAUAAGAGGAGGAGCAUUUAUGAGGAGGACCAUGACAACGUCACCUCUCCGCUCUCUUUCAGUUUCAAUUUUCACCCUCUCUCCGUGAGGUUCAAGAAUGGCACUCAAUAACGCUAUUUUACGGAACAAGACUAUCAUUCAAGGAAUUCUAUCCGCAGAUGCCCACUUCAUACUUGGCAAAAUGCUCCAGAGACCAAAAGCCAAAAGAAGAAAGCCUGGCCGACGUGUUCAGCUGGCUUGGCUUCCAGGUGCUGAUGUUUCAGGACCAAACGGCGAGCGACAUGGCCCGGGUAACCAAGCUGCUGGCAGACCUGAAGUACCGGAAGAGACUGGUGGAACUGAUACUGGCGGACUUGAAGGACAUGUUUGACGCAGGGGACCGGAUGGUCCCGGAACUUCAGUCUCAGUUACUUCAGAGACUGAAACUGGUGGACCUGAAGCACCUGUUUGGGCUGCUGGAGUGCAAUCUGAAGGAGUGGUCCGACGGCAGGUUCACCCCACUGAGCCGGCACCGAUGCAUUCGUCUGGGGCAUGGCGAUGCUUUCGUCUGCUGCGUCCUGAGUCACGGUGAUGAGGACGUGGUCUCGGGCGUCGACGGCAAGACACUGCCCAUCAUCGACAUCACCUCCGCUUUCAACGGAGAGCACUGCCCGGCUCUGAUUGGGAAGCCCAAGGUGUUCUUCAUCCAGGCCUGCCAGGGGCCUAACCUCCACACAGGAUGGACUGUGGAUGACCUGCCGUUUCAUUGGCAGAAACCCAAGGCCGACAAAGGAAGGCAGACGAAGAAAGAACAUCACCCGAAUGAGGCUGAUUACCUGGUUUCCAAGGCCACGGUUGCAAAGUACCCAGCAUUUAGAGACGAAAACACAGGCAGCUAUUUCAUGCAGUCUCUGUGUAAGCAGCUUCGCAUGGGAUGUGCCAGGGGUGAAGAUAUCUUGAAGAUUCUUGUCGAUGUAAACGCUGACGUAAGCAAGGAAGAUUUUGGUCAAAAUUGCUCAGAGAAGCAGAUGCUGAAGCAGAUGCCUGAAUUCAGAGUGACCCUGCGCCACGCCCUUGUGUUCUCGCCUUGUUUCAGGAGAGAAACAUAAAACACUGGCUAAUAGACCACAACACAAAUAGACCACAACACAAAUAGUCAACAACAAACAUUUCAAAUAGACCACAAGUUCACAACACACAUUUCAAAUAGACCACAACACACAUUUCUAACCGUUUCCUUUGUUCUUUCCAACCUUUAUUCAAUCACACAAUACACACACAACCAGUGUUUCUAAGGUUUUCCUUGUUGCUUUUUUAUAGUACACAUUUUUUAAAACUCUUAUAUGCCUUACAUUCCUUGCUUUUUACUUGGUGAAAUGUUUGUUUACAGUGCUUUUCUUAUAAAUGAAACUUAAUAAAACAAUUUGAAUUGCUAUAUAAA